AGUUUUGAUUGUAUUUGAUUUUCUAAGGAGGUUAUAUGGCUAAUCGAACACGCUCAGAUAUGCUUCUGCGACAAAUCUCGCUCUGGAAUUGAGGAACAAUUUCAUCUCGCUGAUUUCUUUGUCGACGUCUUCCAUAAAUUCGAUGAUGAAGUCGAUCAAUUUAUUCUUCAUCAUCACCUCGUUGUGGUAAUUUGUGAGCAGGAACGAGAUAUCGUAAUCUGGGAUUGGCGUUCUUCUGAGAAUUAGAAAGUUCUCUGCUCUUUUGGUCAAGAAUCUGGUGAACUUGUCGACCAGGAUACUCUCUAUUUCAUCGCUUUGUUUGAUUUUGAUGGACACUCUCACAGAAUUGAUGCUUGGUUCAAUGAGUACGCGUUCGUUCUCGUUUCUUGAUAUCAUCAUAGGGUUUAGCAGCACCUCUGUUGUCUUCUUGUUUUCCACUUCGGGAUAAUUGUGACGCUCAACGAUCUGAGAAGAAAAGUUCUCCAGACAGAGUGCCACAUUCAGCGAGUGCCUAACUGCUGUGAGAUACGGUUUGAGGGAUUGAGACUGAUGUUAGCACCACAGAUGCCUAAACUUACCAUUUGGUAAUAAAGAGGUAUUUGCUGUUAUUCGGAAGAGAUGGGUGUCGCACGAAAAAAAUAAUUUUCCAAGUCCUUGAGUAUGUGGAGCGAAGUGGUAGACGAGGAAGGCCGUGUUUACUACUACAACUCAGACACUGAGCAGACGCAGUGGGAGAGGCCUGAAGACUUGAAGGAGAGCAGGGUUGACGCUGCCUUAGAGAAGUCAAAAUGGCAGCGAUACUUCACUGACGAGGGCGAGGUCUACUACUACAACGAGGAAACAGAGGAGAGUGUUUGGACACUUCCCGACGAGGUGCGCAAACUCUUAGACCCCACAGCUGCUGAAGAGCCGGAACCGGCCCAGGAGAAUGGUGACAAGGUAUUUGACUCUACAAAGAUUGUGGAUCUAAGCAGUUUCUUUACGGACGAGGAGCUCAGAUGGGAGAAGAAUGCAGACGCAAAAACAGAUCAAUUUGUUCAAAUGCUGGACGAAUACUCUGUAGGAACAGAUUGGACAUUCCAGCAGGUGAUGGAGCGGUGCAUUGUGGAUAAGCGGUAUUGGACUUUACCUGACUCGAUUACGAGGAAGGAAUGCUUUGAGGUUUAUUUGCUUCGAAAAGCCGAUGAGGAGUUUCGAGAAAAGGAAAACUCGCGCGAGAGUUACAGAAAUGCAUUUUUCCAGGUUCUGGACAAUUACGAUAUAAAGUACUACACCCGAUGGAACACAUGUGCGAAACUCAUCAUGGAUGAGCCUAUUUAUUCACUUAUACCACCCAAGAUGAAACGGGAAUUUUUUGAGGAGUACGUCGGUAAGUUGAAGCGUGCGCGGGAGGCGGAGAUUAGGGAAGCCAGGCGUAAACAGCUCGAGGAAGUGGAGGUCAUUCUGCGAGCAGAGCUCACCCCGAGGUCGCAGGUGGACGGUGCUUUCAAGACGCUGGAUAUGGAGCGGUUGCCCCAUUUGAACAAACUAGAUGUGCUCACAAUUUAUGAGAGUAUCAUGAACGAGUUGGAGCGAUCAUUCCAGGCCACUGUCGCUGAGCACAAUAAAAAAAAUCACAGAGCAGAUAGGAAGGCCAGAGACGGUUUCAGACAGCUUUUGGAGGAGGUAAGCCAAAAAAUCGAGUUCACAGCAAAAUUGAAAUGGCAUGAGCUUCUCCCAUAUAUAAAGGAUGAUCCGCGAUUCAUCAAUCUUUGCGGCAGAAAAGGCUCACUUCCAAUCGAUUUCUAUUGGGAUAUUCUUGACAAGGAAAACCAAACUCUGAAAGCCAAGCGAGAUUUGGUGAGACACAUAGUUCCUACUGCUGAAAACAUGUCUCUUGAGGAGUUCACCAGAGUUGUUUCGCAGAAAGUGGACAAUGUAUCAGAAAGCGACUGUCGACUCAUAAGAGAGAUGCUUUUGGAAGAAGGAAGACAAAAAGGCGAAGGGGACCGCAGAAAACGACUAAUGACGCUGGGUUACGGGGUGGCUAGAAAUUAAUGAGAUAUAUAGAUAUGUGUACUAUUAUUCGUCCUGUACUAACGCAGAGAGACCGAGUAAUGCCAUCAGGGCGUACUUGAAGUACACGUUCUCCGUAAUGAGGAUCGUAACAUACCCAACUAGAGGGACGUAUCCAAAUACUCUUCCAAGAAUAUCUUUGUCUCUUUCGAGAUACUGCUGUCCGUAAGCAUAUAAUGGUAAAUCGUCUCGCUCGUUAUUGUCUCCUUUAGUCAGGAGCAGCUGUUUUUGCACUUUUUUCUUUGUUUUCCGAUCCUUCUCCAUCACCCUGUGUUCUCUAACAACUCUAUGCACAAUUGGGAUAUCUUUCUCUUGCAAUUUGUAGACAACAACGUCUCCUACUCCGACGUACUCUUCUCUAUUCCAAAGAAACAGCACGUCUCCUCGUUGGAAAGCUGGCUCCAUGGAUCCAGAAAGAACCACAACAAUCGGAGAGUUAGACAUGGUCACGAUGGAAAACAGCUUCCAGAACGCAAAGGCGCUGGCUAAAACCAUGGCCAUGCUCAGACCCGAACCCAGCUGUUGAC